UCUAGCAAUCACUUCUUGAAAUUAAUCCACAUUAAAAUAUAGAUUUUUCAUCCAACAAUUCUUUUAAAAAUUAGUGUCACAUUUUUAAAUUUAAUAUUUUAAACAACGGCCAGUUUACGAAAUCAUAUUAUAAUAUCCGUGCAACAUAAUAAAAUAAAUGACCUUGAAAGACAAAUAAAGGUUAGAUUGUUGAUAUCAAGCCUGUUUUAAUGAGCGGUGGUGGCGACGUGCAAAACUCAAAUGUCUACUUGAAUAUUUGCGAAUACUAUGAAUAAAAGUGUAAAAAGUUUAAUAAGAAGAGCAGGUCCAUAUUUAAUUGGACCACAAUUGAAUACCUCCACAACUAAAUGUGUUAAACACUACUUGGCCAGAAAAAUAGGCACUGACAUAUUUUAUACGGUGAAAGUAUUAACUCUCCCUCAUCCAAUCGUUCUUGAAUCAAUGGACCAGAUUCAGGGACAUAUUUUAACGAACACUGAAUAUACUUUACUAAAAUCCUUAAGACGGGAGAAAGGUGUAGUGCAACUGAUUGACCUUUAUAAGGAGUUGGUAGAAGUGGGUACGGAUGGGCACAAUUUUGGACGAAUGAGGACAAGAAUCUAUCUAGUGCUCGAAUGUUAUACACCACACGACUUUUCUACACAGUAUACAAAUCUAAUAACCCUGCAACAACUCGUGAUUAAGGUAAAAAAAGUGCCUGAAUAUUUUACCAUCAGAAUUUUGUACAAUGUAGUAAAUGUGCUGCCUAAACUCCACCAAAAAGAUAUUGUGCAUCGUGAUAUUAAAUUAGGAAACAUUGUGUGGGACAAAUAUACAAAAAAAGUGACAUUAACCAAUUUUGGACUUUCGAAGCACCUGACUUGUAACGAAGAACAACUUAUUGAUCAAAGGGGCAGUCCGGCUUAUAUCAGCCCAGAGAUCAUUAGUGGCCGUCAAUAUACGGGGAAACCAACAGAUUUAUGGGCACUCGGAGUAGUGUGUUUCACAAUGCUUUUUGGAAAUUUUCCAUUUCUUGAUACUAGUCCGACCUAUCUUUUUCGUAAAAUUAAACAAGGACAUUAUGAAAUACCAUCUGAUGUGAUUGUGACUGAGCCAACAGUAAAAAUAAUUCGCUCGCUUCUUCUGCUUGACCCGCAAAAACGAUUAACAGCUCGAAAAACACUUGUACUGCUCAAAGAAAUAAUUCAUAAAGAAGAAAUACUUCUCUCCGAUGUGAAUUUACAAGUCGUGCCAGACAUCUAACAGUUAGAACCCAAUAUCAAUGCAAAUAAAAGCAUCAAUGAUUUCAAGAAGAUAUUUAAGAGUGGUAAAAUAAGGUUUUCAUACCACUACAUUUUCAAUCUUUGAACAGUUUGGAUCUCAAAUUUAUAUCAUAGCUUGAAAAAGGUAGUUGUUAUACAAGUUUACAUGCAGUGAUGGUGUCAGAUUUGUUGCAUACGCUUCCUUUGUAUCACGUUGCUUGCGUGAAUAAUAGCAAGCUUGAAUACCUUAUUGUGCAGAAAAGGAUUUCGCCACCGCCGUUGGUUUUUUACUUCUCUAAAGAUGCAUAGUCUGAAUUUGCAAAUAGGUUCUCCUUUCUUGAGUUGGCCGUUUUGUUUCGCCCUGUUCAUGUGAGAAACAUUUGCAGGUAAAAUACUCUGCACAUUUAGUUGCUCCUAAUGCAUUACAAAAUAAGAAGGCGUAUAUUGUAGGUGGAAUAUUCUACAAGAAGGAGGAUACUCUCCAUAUGGGGUAAUGAUGACGAUGCCAAAAUAGAUAUUCAUUUCAACAGAUCUAGCCGACACUUCAGCUAAGAUUACACUUGAAUUCUCAUUCUGAAAAGUGGCAGUUUACUUUUAAUGCAUUACAAGGUUUAAGAGUGGUAAAGUUAGAUUUUCAUCUCAUUACGUUUUCAACCUGUGAACAGACCUGUUUGGAUCUCAAGUUUUACCUAAACUCGUUUUUUAUCCAUGGAUUUGCACAAAGAAAAGACGUUCUAUUCUCAGAUGAAUAAUUCAUCCCAACCUUCACUGACACUCAUCGUGGACUGGACCAAGUUACGUCUUUUAUUCGGACUUGACGCUCUUCUUCAGUAUCCACCUGUGCUCACAAAUUUGGGUCAGAUGACGAAAUGUAUCGCAAAAAACAUAGGUUAAACCCUUUAAGGUAAUCAAGGAGGAAAAAAACCCAAUGGGAAAAAACCUCCAUUAGGAAAAACCUCAAAGCGAUGCAGCAUUAUCAGAAAUUUGUAAAUUCUGAUAAUUAAGUUAAUUAUCUCUAAAUCAACCAAGUGUGCUAUAUCACGUAGGAAAUGAAUGUUAAUGUGUCCAUUUUAGUAUGCAGGGUUUGAAAUGUUAUAAUUUGGAUUUUCCCAAUACCUCGCAUUGUUAUAAUUUGGAUUUUUUUUCCCGAAUAUCCCCCAAUGAAAUAUAAGGAAAUCGAUUUUAAUUUAAUUAUUUACAUUGUUAGGGGUAUUCACAUCAUGCUUAUACACUGAAAAUAAUCUGGUAAUAAAUAUCUACCGGAUUCGUAACGUCUUUGUGAGCCGUGUAUGUAUGACUAUUAUGUGAAUCACGCGUAUGUAUAUUGAUAUGUAUCAAUACAUUUUACACACACAAACGCUGCACAAUCAGAAUGUCUGUAAUUUCUGAUUGUGUUAUUUUAUUCGUUAUUUACUAUUUUAUGCCCAGGAUACCAACGUGAUCAUCGUACAUUUCUCUGUCCGGGUGAUUAAUAUUUGUAUGCAAUGACAAAAAAUCACGAGAGACUUUCGCCCACACUUCGAAGGUCUCAAUUAUAUUAGCCUUCUCCGAUAAUGCGAGCUGGUUUAAAAGGAGAGGUAAUUAUGAACAGUUGCAUCGUGUUUUAAUGUAAUAAGCUCGAGACAAAUAUGGAUAUAAUUAUUUUCAAAUGUAAAAUGUAAUUGCAUAAAAUUACAUUGCAUAUUUGAAUGAGGUUAUUAGUGAAACAUUAAGUUGUGUCUUUUUAAUUGUAUGCUCUAAUGUUAUGUAAUUAUAAAAAGUCUGUGAGUAUCACUCUCCGGGGCGAGUUUAUUAAUUUAUUAAUUUAACUAUAACUUUUACAUGAAUAUGCCUAUUAAUCCUUGUGGAGAAAGAUUUCACGGCACGAUUUUCUUUAUUAAUUUAGCUAUAACCUUUAAAAGUGAUGUGAGUAUGCAUCCUGUGCUUCGAGCCAGCUAAAUUAUUAGUCGUUAUUAAAUAUCUAAGUAUUGUCUUCAAUGUUGUGCUCAGAGUUUUACGUAUACCAAAAGGUAAUUGUGAAAAUGGUAUCGAGUUUUAAUGUAAUAAACUCGAAACAAAAUAAUUCUUUUGAGUUUGGAUAGAAUUUAUAGUAAACAUAGUUUGGGCUAAGAAAAUAAAUAUAUAUAUAUAUAUAUCCCUAACAUGAAA